AUGGUCUCCAGGGACCUGCUGAAGAGCUGGCACGAAGCGGUCGUGGCGGUGGAUGAGAAGAACUGGGAAUCCGCCCUAGAAAUCUUCUCCGCCGUCACGGAGCCCCCUUCCAAGAUCGAUUUCAAUAUCGGCUGCAUUCGUCUCUUGAUCGGAAACUCUGAGGGCGCCUUGAGGGCUUUUGACAGAGCAGUGGCUAAGGAUUCUUGCCUGGCGGUUGGCUUUUUCCAGAGAGGAGUGGUUCAUCUCCAGAUGGAGAAAUUUGCAGAAGCCCUGUCUGACUGCCGGAUGGCCCUGGAACACCUGAGAAACAACUCUUUCAUUGAUUAUAAUCAACUGGGCCUGAGGUACACCUUGUACGCCUGGGAGGUGGUCUACAAUACCGCGGCCGUCCAGUCCCGGCUGGGGCUCUGGCCCGAAGCCCGGAGGAGUUUGGAAGAGGCGGUCGGCCAGAGGCCGGAGGGAAAAACGGCGGGCUUGGAUGUGGCCUUGGAGCGAGUGCGGGUGAUCACGAAACGACUCUUCCUUCAUCCCUUGCAAAUCCCACCCGGGGAAGUCUUCAGGCCCCGGAAGAAACAUGUGGAACAACUCCGUUCGGUGGAUUUUCUGGGGAAACCCAAGGUCAUUUCUUCCAUCCUCCCCAACGAUGAAUACAUCGGAUUUGAGCCUCUCCGGCCCCAGGUUUCGGGGACCAAAAUUCUGGAAGGCCUCUUGGGCUGGGGGCUGUUCUCUUUCCCGCAGCAGGCCGGGCCACGCGGAGAGCAUGGAAAGGUUUACCGCCACCCGGAUAGCCAAGAGUCCAUUGUGGUGUCAGAAGGAGAAGAGCUGGAGAAAAUGUGGCAGCAGGCUACAGAUGGGAAGCUGAAUCUUUGGUGCCGGGAACCACCAAACUGUGCCAGUCGAUCUGUUCUCUAUCGGAUGGUGGCUCAGCACGACUAUUGUGCACAAAACCCGGAGGAUCUGGAGUUCAGCAAGGGGGACACCCUAGACGUCCUUUCUGAAGUGAAUGCUGAGUGGUUAGAAGGGCACUGCAGAGGCUUCUCUGGAAUUUUCCCAAAGUGUUUUGCCGCUCGGAUCCUCCCAGAAACCCAACCCCGAACCUCAGGAGAAGCGGCUGCAGAGGAGACCCUCAAGCAGGAGACCACCGGGUAG